UAUACAGAGUAUUGCAUAGACUUGUUUGAUUUUGUUCAAGUUUUUUGUGGAGAUAGAAAUAAUCCUGCAAAUUGUGUUCCUAAAUCAUGGAUCUGUGAUGGCUUUGCAGACUGUUCAACUGGGCUAGAUGAAACAAAUUCCACAUGUGGAAAUGGUUUGUUUAGAGAUAUAUAUGUCCAACUGCUUUUUUUUUCAAUUUGAUUCCCUUUCACUGCUAAAUUUCAUCACAAUUCUAAUUCAAUUACUAUUUUAAUAUAUAACAACUUCAUUAGUCAUCUGAUGGAUACUAAAAUACAACUGUUUUAAAUUAUAUUAAAUGUACAUAAUCUUUUACAUUAUAAGUGGUCUUUUGGAAAAAAUAAUUAAAUGUCUCAUAUAAUUUCUGUUUAAAUCCUUUAUAUUGACCUCACCUUUUUUCAUGUGUUCGUGGCAAAAUCUGCGGAUGGCUAAAUGACCCACUUCCUAAAACUUAGCACAUAAACUCAUUGCCAACGACAACACAUUCUUUCAAUUUUCAGCCUCACUCCCAACCCCCAAAAAUUAACUUCUCUUGUUUUUCAAGGGGAAGAUAAAUGAAAUAUGAUUUGAUUAAUGGGUGUGUGUUUUGGUGGGGGGAUUAAUUAUGAGUCUAUUGCUAAGUCUUUUUUAUUCGUCUUUGGGUUUAAAUAUAUCUUUAGUUUAUUAGGUUCUACAUGCAUUAAGUUUGAUAAAAAAAAAUUCCCAUACUAAAUAAUGAUAAAUGACGUAAAAUUACAUAAAUGGAAACAAAAAUGCAUGUAAAGUAUUUAUAUGAAAAGCUUUGUUUCUAAUGGUUGUUUAAUUAUUCUUACCAACAUGUUAUGUUCAUUUUUAAUCUUAUUUUACAAUUUCGUAUUCUCUUCUUGCCAGAUAAUCCAUGCCAGCCAAAUCCAUGUUUAAACAGUGGUGUGUGCCAUGCGUUCUCUGCACAGCCCAACAUAACGGUUGCUUAUACAAUAUGUCAGUGUCAACCAAAUUAUACUGGUCAGUGGUGUGAAGAGAGCCUGAUAACCAAUUUACCACCAGGUGAAAGAUUUACACUGUCUUUAAAAACUUCAUCAUAUGAUUUUUUUUGUUUUAAAAUUUCAUGAUAGCAUCUUGUGUAUAACUUAGAAAACUUAAAUCUGGUUGAAGAAUUUCAAAGGAGAGGCUUACUCAAUGGUGUAUUUUUAAAAAAUCCUACCUCUUGUGCACUUUUAAAAAAAAAAACUCAAGAUGUUAUUUUCAAAUCAUCAGCUGGAAAAGGAGAGAUAUCAGUAUAAAAAAUGGAAUAUAAAUUAGCCUGUGCUUGUUAUAUCGGCAAGUUAUAAUCAUUGAUUUUUUUAAAAAUGUAUUUUAAUUCAAUUAAAUCCUUUUCAGUAAAUUUUACAUUGUGUGAGCCAAAUCCAUGCUCACAUGGAUCAUGUACACCUGGAAGAGGCACAAGUUAUUACUGUAACUGUUUACCUGGUAAGAAUAUAAGAAAGUAUUUUGGUUGUUAAAAAAAAAAAGUAAAGAACUGUUUCAGAGUGAACCCAAAUAUACUCACUACAUCACAGUCAUUUUCAUAAAAUAUAUAGAAAAAACUGCCUGGGUCCUAAAUGUGAAAAAUGGAUUUUUCAGAAUUAGGUAAAGAGUUAAAAAUAUACAUUUUUUUGUCACAAAACUUUUUUCUUAUAAUUUUUAAACUAAAGAUAAUAUGCUUGCUUUUUUAUUUUUUCAAAUAAAAAUAUAUAAUCUAUAAGCAGAAACUACAUUUGAGCGAUGCAUAUUUUUAAUUUGUGCCAGUUUUAAAUGUUUAAGUUACCUAAGUAAAAUAGUUGGUGGUUUCACAUGCGUCAGUGGAAUCGUUUCAAUUAUUUAGAUGCAUUUUUUUUAUAGGUUACAGCGGAGACAACUGCGAUACAAUUUUAUCAGCCUGUGUCAGCCAACCUUGUUUAAAUGGAGGAACAUGCACUGUAUGUCAUUGGUUUUAUAUUGAAAAUAUUUUGUUUUAAUUUAAAGCAAAUGAACGCAAAUAUAUGAACGCCUAAAGACUUCUUGAUUAUUUUUUUUACCAAGAAGGUGCCGCAAUUCAAGUUUUUAAAUACAAAAACUACUGAACAUUAGAAAAAAACCUAAACAAUGAUAAAAAAAAAAUUGGUUUGAAUUUAGAGAAUUGUUAAAAUUUUAUCUGCAUUGCAUGAAGAUUAUAAAAUCUGUUGUUUUGUAGGUGGGGAAUCUGGUUUGAAUGUCAACCAUUUGAGAUGCUGUUUGAUUUGUAAAAGACACUAUUUGUAGGAUGCAUGUUCAAACUUGGUUACUCUCUAUCUUCUGCACUGUAAAGAUAUAAACAUUUCUCUUGUUUAUAAUUCAUUUGUUAAAGCCAUCACUUACAUUUGAGCAGGACACCAAUGGUGGUUUCACAUGUGUCUGUAUAAUUCAUUUGUUGAAGCCUUCACUUACAUUUGAGCAGGACACCAAUGGUGGUUUCACAUGUGUCUGUAUAAUUCAUUUGUUAAAGCCAUCUCUUACAUUUGAGCAGGACACCAAUGGUGGUUUCAAAUGUGUCUGUAUAAUUCAUUUGUUAAAGCCAUCACUUACAUUUGAGCAGGACACCAAUGGUGGUUUCUCAUGUGUCUGUAUAAUUCAUUUGUUAAAGCCAUCACUUACAUUUGAGCAGGACACCAAUGGUGGUUUCACAUGUGUUUGUACAACUGGGUGGACUGGAUCACUGUGUAACGUGUUGAUGGAUGGAUGUUCUGGUGUGGUGUGUCAAAAUGGUGGUCAGUGCAUAAACAAAGGAGCUUCCUUUGAAUGUCGGUGCCCGCUCGGUUUUACAGGUAAAUUCUCUUGUCAAUGUAAGCCCAUUACUGGACUGUGUUAUAAAACAAUAAUUUCAGGCAAUGUCAUAAUUAACUGAAUUUUUUUUUUUUUUAAUUGAUAUUUUUCAUUUAGAAAUGGCACAAAUGGCAAAGUGUUAUCACAAUCCUAAUCAUUACAUUCAUUUAUUUUUUUUAUCAUAGCUUUAAAAUGAAAUUUUAUUUUUGUAAUUUCAUUUCAUCUUUUAAAAAUGAAUUUAGUUGCAUAGAAAAGAACCAAGAAAUUUAAAAACGUUUAUAUAAAUAAAAUAACUUCAAAUUUUUUUUAUUUCUCCUGCUCUUUCUUCUACUUCCUUUAUGCAUGUCUGUCCACUUAUUUACUGACAGGUCUACAGUGUGAAGUUAACACAGACGAGUGUAAUCCUCAGCCUUGUUUGUAUGGUGGCACCUGUGUUGAUGGACUCAACAGUUUCACAUGUGUGUGCCCAGAUCGCAGGGUGGGCAAAUAUUGUGAGAGGAGUGAACUUUGUCAAGGUAGCAUUUUAUUUUGCCUGUCACAAAAUGACAGAUGUUUUAUAUACAGUGGUGUUGCUGAAAAACUAAACAUGUUAUUUCUAGUGGUAAGGCUAAAUGCUAGAUAUGUUAUGUAUAGUGGUAUUGCUUAAUGCUAACAAAAUAAUGAUCUGUAAGCCUAUUUUAUCAAGUUAUUUUAAAUUAUUAUUUGUUGCGGAUGAUUAAGUUUGAAUCAUUUCUUUAGAAGAAAAAAAAAGGAAAUUGGUGAGAUUGCUAUUUUCUAAGAAUGGUCAUAGCUACAAUCUCUGUUUUUACCAUAAGAUUCUUAGUGGGCUCGGGGAUCAAGCUAAUCCACUUUGCAGACAUAAAAUGGAAAAAUUAUCAUUAAAAAUUUAAUAUUUUAGUGCAUUUUAACAUUUAUUGCUAAUUAUAAACAUUAAGUGGUUAUUUACUGUACUAAACAGAAAAUCCAUGCCAGAAUUUUGGAGUAUGUGUAGAAUCUGCAAUAGGAAAUCAGACUUGUUUUUGCCAGGAAGGCUACACAGGGCAGCUUUGUGAGACUGACAUUGAUAACUGUGCAGGGAGCCCUUGCGGUGAUAAAGGUGAGCAAAGAAAUCACUGCCAUAUUAAUCGCAGUUAAGGACAUUGAGUCAGCUGUAAAUACUGCAAGAUGAAAUUAAAAUUCACAGUAACCCAAAGUUUUGCUUGAUUUCUAAUUUCUUCAUUUUGAAAAAGAAUUGUUUAAUUAAGUUUAAUAAAGAUCUAAUAUUUCAUUAAUCAGUGUUUAAAAGUUUUUAAAUUUCAAUAAUGUUUUCAUAUCAAUGUUUUUUUUAACAAAUGCAAUGAUUAGAGAAAAAGCUUCUCAGGGUGUCUUUUCUUCAGUUUCAAUUAAUCUAAAAACACCUGGUCACUGAUAUUUCCUUAUAAAUAAUACCCGAGACGAUGUGGGUUCAAACAGUGACUGAUUUUUUAAUAUCCACCUUCACGAUAAUGAAUACAUUUCACAAAACAUGAAGAUGCUUGGAAUUAUAUGACAUGAAUUUCAAUUCCUAUUAAGCUUCUGCAUAACAUAAUCUUCUUUUACUUUUACUUGGUAAUGUCAUCAACAAAUCUUGAUACAAUGUCAACGGUCUCUGUUCCUUCCACCAUUCUUCUCUCCAUUCCAAAACAAACUCCGUUUUUUUCAACCAAAAUUCUGGUUGGCAAUUUCCUCCCAAGUCCCAGAACUCUGUAUAUUAUACAAGAAAUAUUAACCAUAAUUACUUGUCUCCCAUUAGUGUUUCACAUACUCAGAUUCUCUGUGACAUUUACUAUUUUCUAUGCCAGGCAUCUGCAAAGAUGGCAUCGACUCCUACACAUGUCAGUGCAGCCCAUUUUACUCUGGCUCAAACUGUGAGACCGUCAUAGAUCCCUGUGUUCCUAACCCAUGUUUGCAUGACGGCUACUGUUGCAGACAAGGGAACCCCAUAUGCUCAGGCAGCUUACCACUCGGCCAGUAUGAAUGUUACUGUACAGAUGGAUACACAGGUCAGGUCUUCUUUUAAUAUUUUCUACUUGUUUAAAGAUUUUGGGGGGUGGGUAGGGUUGGAAAUCAGACUGUACAAAAAAAUGUUUAUAUAAAGCAGAAGGUAUGUUGCAGUUUGGGUUGAGACAAAUCACAAGAAUUGAAUGAGUCUGCUUCAGGCCUUCAUCAGGGGGGGAUGAGCAUGGCAAAAUGUAGAAAUAAGAGGGAAAGGGGCUAAGGGACUUAACUCUGUAACCAAGCUAGACAAAAUGAAAGCUUGGAUUAUGUGAGAUAGGACAAUGGAAGCACACAAUGAAGUACUUUGUGUUUUGCAUGUGAUAGUGUUCCAUGGAUAAUGGAAGACUGUUUGAUAUUACUCAGUCUAUGCCAAAGUUUAAUGUUAUAUUUCAGUAAUGAAUGUGUUUUAAUAUUUUUAUUUGAAAAAAAAAAGCUUUUUUGGAAAGCAUCAUUCUAGACCUAUUUUAAUUUCUAUUUAAUCUCAGGACUGUUCCAAUAAAUUUAGGUAUAUAUUUUGCCAUAGCUUGUGGUAUCAUGUUUCUUUAAAAAAAUUUUUUUUAAAUUACGCUAUGAGAACAUGUUAAGAAAUUUUAAAGAAAGAAGUAUGUCAUUUCAGGUUCGUUGUAGAAAUUAAUCAGUACUGUAUUCGUCAACAGGAAUUAAAUGUGAGCAGAAGGCCCCACCAUGCUCCUCUUCACCGUGCAAGAACGGGGGGAUUUGUUCAGAAAAAAAUGGCAGUUACGUGUGCACAUGCCCUCAGGUUUUCUCUGGCCAGAACUGUGAGGUGCCCGACCCUUGCGGCAGCAACCCUUGCCUCAACAACGCUACAUGUUUUGUCAAUGGUACAUCUCCUAGGUGUGUGUGCGUUCCUGGAUACACUGGGACCUACUGUGAGACUGUGACCUGUUUGGCGGACCCAUGUUUGAACGGUGGGGUUUGUAAGCCUGCAGCUGGAAGCGGUGAGCUCCGCUGCGAAUGUCUGAAAAGUUUCAUGGGAUUGAGAUGUGAAGUGCCUUACCCUUGUGCUGUGCAGACUUGUCUUAACGGAGGCGUCUGCCUGGACAUCAGUCCCGUCAGUUUUCACUGUAACUGCAUCAACGGCUAUGGUGGAACCUACUGUGAAAGUAAUCUCCCCUGCUACUCUGAGCCCUGCUUGAAUGGCGGCCUGUGCUUGAACAACGGCACCAACUACACCUGCAGAUGUCAGGGUGGAUACGGCGGGGCGCACUGUGAGAGAUUGUUGGCCUGCUCUACAGACAUCUGCCUUAAUGGAGGCAACUGCAUAGAGAUGUGGCCCACUUUUAAAUGUGCUUGCCCCCUAGGAUUCACCGGGUCAAAGUGUGAGACCUACCUCCCUUGUACCAGCAGCCCUUGCCGGUACAACUCUGCCUGCUUGAAUGUCAACAACAGCACCUACGAAUGUAUCUGCCGAGCUGGCCUCACGGGCAAUGAUUGUGAGACGAUCCUACCAUGCACUUCCUCUCCAUGCCUCAAUGGCGGUGUCUGCUUGAACAAGAAUGUUUCUUACAUUUGUCAAUGCCCCCUGUCAUUCUCAGGGAACAACUGUGAGACAUACCUUCCUUGCUCUAGCUCUCCGUGUCUCAAUGGUGGUAGUUGUGUGGACAGAGGGUUGCUCUAUGAGUGCCUGUGUUCUGGACAAUACUACGGCUUCAGAUGUGAGUCAGUUAGACCCUGCAUCAGCUCACCUUGUCUGAAUGGGGGCACCUGCAGCAAUUUCCAAGAAAGCUAUUCAUGCUCGUGCCCAAGUAAUUUCAAGGGGGAUCACUGUGAAAUCCCAAUUUUCAACUGCGUUAACUCCCCUUGCGACAACAGUGGAAUCUGUGAGGAAUCGGGUGAUGAUGUCAUCUGCAUUUGCCCUUCUACAUCUGUGGGGAAACUCUGUGAGAUCCCCGUCCCCUGUGGAAGCUCCCCUUGUUUAAAUAAUGGCACCUGCUACAAUAAGCAAGCAGGAUACCUCUGUCUUUGUCCAGUCAACUUCAACGGCAGCUCUUGUGGCACCAAGCUGCCUUGCGCCAGCUCUCCCUGCGUCCACGGGACAUGCACCAACACCAUUGACCAGAGCUUCACGUGCCAAUGUUCUCCAGGCUACACGGGACAUCUGUGUGACACACAGUUACCCAACUACACAUGUAACUCUCAGACCUGCGUCCACGGCACAUGUGCAGCUACAGAUAAUGGUCCAGUUGUCUGCCAUUGUGAGGAUGGUUUUUCAGGUAUGUUUAGGAAGGUCAUUAAUACACAUUCUAAGAUUAACAGGCGGCAUUUGAUUAAAUUAGAAGGCAGGAGAAAGGGGGGGGGGGGGGGGUUUACUAGUGAUGUUAUUUUACUUAAUAUGGACAGCUUUUUUUAAAAAAAACUAAUUUAUUUGCUUGCAAGAAUUGAUUUGAAAAUUGAAAAGUAUUGUGUUCAUCGAAAUCAUAUCAUUACUGGCUGAAGCCAGCCAAACAAUGGCAGCCACAAUACAUGAACUGCCCAUCUACUAAAGUAAUAGGUGAAACAUGUCUUCAAGUAACACACUUUAUAAGAAUCCCAAUUAUUGUUUCCCCUCCCCCUUUUUUUCCAACGUUCGCAACAACACACUCUUUUUUCACACCCCUGAACUAUAUUAAUAUUUUAAUGAUGUCCCACCCCCUUUUAUACUGCAGAUUUAUAACACUAUAUUUAAAUUGAGACUAUUUCCAUAAAAUAAAAGAAAAUAUUACGCACCAAAUGCGCUUGCUGUAUUUUUAGGAGUCUCAUUUAGUGCAGUUAUCUGGAAUUUUUUUUAGUGAAAUCAGCACCAUCUGUUAGUAUCAGUGACAUAUUACAUAGAGAAUGAUGUAUUUUGAUAAUAUUAAAUCCUUAUGCAACUCAAGAAAUUUUCCAUUUGGUUACAUCUAUGAUUGACUCUGCCAAAACACAGGACCCUACUGUGAGACCACCUCCGAUGCCUGCCAGUCACUGCCAUGCCAGAAUGGAGCCAACUGCACAAACAGUGGAUCAUCUUACUUCUGCACUUGUGCCAGCAACUUCACUGGAACUGUUUGCGAAACAGAGCUGCCACCAUGUUUUUUCCAGCCCUGCAUGAACAAUGGCACCUGUUUCAAUGAGGGGAAUAGAUCCACCUGCCACUGUGCUAGUGGAUUUAAAGGUAAGAGUUGUGACACCCCUAUUAGUUAUGCCUUGAAUCAACUGAUGCCAAGGAUGUGAGCAAUCUUGAUGUGUUGCUUUGUUUGAUAUCCAUCCCUGUGGCGCUACAGCCCAUGCAGGUCUUUGGCCUGCCUCACCACUUUCUUCCACUCAGACCUACCAUCCAUCCCUGUGGCGCUCCAGCCUAUGUAGGGCUUUGGCCUGCCUCACCACUUCCUUCCACUCAGACCUACCAUCCAUCCCUGUGGCGCUCCAGCCCAUGUAGGGCUUUGGCCUGCCUCACCACUUCCUUCCACUCAGACCUAACUAAUGCUUUUCUAAUUCCAUGACUGGAUUCCAAAAUGUUGUAAAUCUUUUCCCUCAUCAUCCAUCCGUCUAAGCCUAGGUCUGCUUUUGAGCCGUUUUGCUCUGGGGUUUAGGUGAUGCACCCUCUUCACCCCUCUGUCAUUUGGCAUUCUCUCUAAGUGUUGCUUUUUUUUAUAACAACUUAAUAAUAGUUUCGAAUGGUGGAAAUUUUCUCAGGUAAUGAUGAUUUAAAUAAAAGGUGAUAAUAAUAACAAUUUUUUAAGUAAGAAUAAAACAAUAUAAGGGAUAUCAAAUACACCUUGAAAUUAUUCUCUGAUUUUUUUUUUUUUUAUGCUUGGAAUUUUUUAAACAGACUAGACAAGGAUAAUAUGUUGAAUCAAAAAUGUCCCGAUUUGUCUGCAGUUCCACAAUUAUUCUCCAUGUGGCACAACUGUUUUAGACUCUGUCCUGAUUUUUAUGUGGGGCGUCUAUUCACUUUCAAUGCUAAAGUAUUAGUUUUUAUAUUCUUCACCAUGAGCCGCUGGAGGUAGGUUGAAAUUACAAAUCUUCAGGCCCACCCCACAAUGCAGUCUGAAUUGAGAAAAAAAAUUGUGUCCGAUUAUUUGUUUAUUUUAUAAAAUGUUCUUCCACCCAUCAUCAUCUUCUCAUAGCGAUUUGAAUCAAAGCAAAAAAAAAAGAAAAGAAACCAUUUUACAACUAAAUCAUUGCAAUGUAAGCAAACCAACCUUGUUUUAUAAGCAUCCCUGAUCAAUUAACCCCUAAUAACAAAGUUUUUCAUAUAAAUCCUUUAUAUGCAAAUCCUUUAUUUUAUAUUAGUAUUCUAUGUCCCACCAGCUUUUUACACUACUGAUUUAUUACACCAACUAUUUCAGAAAUACAAAAGAAAAUAUUACGCACCAACGCACUUGCAAUAUUUUUUUUUUAAAAUAAUCUCAUUUAGUGCAAUUAUCUGGAAUUUUAUUCCAUGGAAUCAGGGUCAUCAGGUUUGCUUCAUCUUCCCCUAUAAAAUUAGAAAAAACUGAUUUUAGAGGGCUUAGGGUUGAAAAUUUGACAGAAUGUGUUGUCAUCUGUAAAGAUUCUGUCAAGUUUCAGCUUGACGUGAAGGUGGGUCAAUUAGCCGUCCAAAGAUUUUUGCCAGCCAGCCAUGAACAAAAGCCACGUAAAUAAGGGAUUCAACAAAAGUACAAGUGAUCUUUCUAGUUAACUCCUGAUUCCUUCAUUUAUACAUCAAAUCAAAUAUCUUUCAUUUUUAUAUCCCAGGUGAUCACUGUGAAUCAGCAAUACAGCCUUGUGACAGCUCACCUUGUUUAAAUGCUGGCACCUGCCACGAUGUAGAUUCUCAAAACUUCACCUGCACCUGCUCACCUCACUACACGGGCGGCCUGUGCCAGGUACCUGUCGACGUUUGUGCCAGCAGCCCUUGCCAGAACAGAGGUUUCUGCAACUCGACCAAGUCCACGGCCGUCGUUAACGAGAGAGGCUACGAGUGUGUGUGUGUUCCCCCCUUCACUGGUCAGUUUUGCCAGCAGGUUGUGCGGUCAUGUGAACCUUCGCCUUGCCCGGGGCGGGGUGAUUGCGACCUUGACCAGCUGGGUGCUUUUUGCCGCUGCAACGAAGGCUAUGAGGGUCUGUUCUGCCAGUUCGCUAUAGGAGACCUGUCCUGUUUCCAGCCUGGGUUCCUGUGUCAGAACGGUGGUGUGUGCCUGCCACAAGGCAACGGCGACUUCAUCUGCGACUGUCUGGAAGGGUUCACUGGUCCGCUUUGUGAAGGCGUCACGGCCACUGGAUGCACCCCUAACCCAUGCAAUGGAGGGGCGUGUAUCCAGGGGGUCACAGGUCAUAUCGAUUGUGUCUGCCCUCCUGGAUCCUCAGGGACACUGUGUUCAUUGUGA